GAGCCCUGCAUUCGAAGGCAGCUUUGGUGCCUGGAGGGAGUGAGGUCGGCCCUGGAGCCCGCGGUGUCGGGGAUCCCGCUUGGAAGGUGAACCGCCUUGUAGUUGCAGCGGUCCUGCAACGGGUUCCCUGAGACCGGCGGGGCUCGGACGCGGCUGGACGCGGCUGGACACGCACCUAUGCUUGGAAAACAUGACAGUCACACCUGUGAGACACCCUUUGCUACGGAGGCACGUGGAUGGAUAGUGAGCUCCCUGCACCAAACUUCAGCAGGUCAUGGCGGAUCAACUUGACCUCCUCUUAGGCGUGAUCUUCAUGGCCAGCCCCAUGCUGGGAAUGUCUCCCUGUUCUUCUGAUGGCCAGAUAGCCUUAUUUCGCUUCUGUAACCUCACCCAGAUCCCCUGGGUCCUCGACACCACUGAGAGGCUCCUGCUCAGCUUCAACUAUAUCAGUGUGGUCAAUGCGACAUCAUUCCCAUUCCUGAAGCAGCUCCUGCUGCUGGAGCUGGGAACCCAGUUUACACCCAUGACCAUUGGCCGGGAGGCCUUCAGAAACCUGCCCAAUCUUAGGAUCUUGGACCUGGGCCAAAAUAAGAUUGAAGUCUUGAAUCCAGAUGCGUUUCAGGGACUGCCCCAUCUCUUCGAACUUCGACUUUUUUCCUGUGGCCUCUCCAGUGUUGUCCUAAGAGAUGGCUACUUCAGGAAUCUGAAUUCACUAGCUCGCUUAGACCUAUCUGGCAACCAGAUUUACAGCCUUCAUCUCCAUUCUUCAUUUCAGGAAUUGAAUUCCUUAAAGGCCAUAGAUUUUUCUCUCAAUGAAAUCCUCACUCUAUGUGAGGAUGAACUCAAGCCCCUGCAGGGCAAAGCACUCUCCUUCUUUGGCCUCAAAUCAGCUAGCCUGUUCAGCAGAGUCUCUGUGGACUGGGAGACAUGCAGGAACCCAUUCAGAGACAUGUGGCUGGAAACUCUAGAUCUUUCUAGCAAUGGCUGGACAGUGGACAUCACAGGGAACUUCAGCAACAUCAUCUCGGGGAGCCGGGUUUCCUCUUUGAUGCUUACGUACCACAUAAUGGGGUCUGGCUUUGGCUUCCAGAACAUGAAGGACCCUGACCAGGACACAUUUGCUGGCCUGGCUAGAAGUUCGGUGAUAUUCCUGGACAUCUCCCAUGGUUAUAUCUUCUCCUUGAAUUCCAGGGUGUUUGAAACGCUGAAAGAUUUGAAGAUUCUGGACCUUGCCUUUAAUAAGAUAAACAAGAUCACAGACAACGCAUUUCAUGGACUUGACAAUCUCCAGGUUCUCAAUAUAUCAUAUAAUCUUUUGGGAGAACUUUAUAAUUCUAACUUCUAUGGGCUACCUAGAGUGGCCUACAUUGACCUUCAAAACAACCACAUUGGGAUCAUUCAAUCCCAAACAUUCAGAUUCCUGGAAAAAUUACAAACCUUGGAUCUCCGUGAUAAUGCUCUUAAAACCAUUAAUUUCAUUCCAAGCAUACUGACCGUCUUCCUGGGUGGCAAUAAGCUGACCAGUUUGCCACACGUUCGCUUCACAGCCAACUUCAUCCAGUUAUCUGAGAACAGGCUAGAAAAUCUGUCUGACCUCUACUUCCUCCUGCGAAUUCCCCAGCUCCAGACUCUCAUCCUGAAUCAGAAUCGUCUUUCUUCCUGCAAGGCAGUCGACACCCCUUCAGAGAACCUGAGCUUGGAACGGCUUUUCCUUGCAGAGAACAUGCUGCAGCUUGCCUGGGAGACUGGCCUCUGUUGGGAUGUUUUUAGAGGCCUUUUCCGCCUCCAGAUCCUAUAUCUGAACAGUAACUAUCUUAAUUUCCUUCCACCUGGAAUAUUUAACGAUCUGGUUUCCCUGCGGUGGCUCAGUCUUGGCGCUAACAGGCUGACCUCUCUCUCUCCUGGCAGUUUACCUGCUAAUUUAGAGAUUCUUGAUAUAUCUAGAAAUCCUUUUUCUCCUGAUCCUGGGUUGUUUGCUUCACUUAGCAUCUUGGACAUAACUCAUAACGAGUUUGUCUGCCAAUGUGAACUUAGCCGUUUUAUCAUCUGGCUCAACCAAACCAAUGUCACCCUGCUUGGCUCUCCUGCAGAUGUAUACUGCAUGUACCCUGACUCGCUGUUAGGGACCUCCCUUUACGACAUCUCCACCAAGGACUGUGAUGAAGAGGCCUUGGGGUCCCUAAAGUUUUUCCUUUUCAUCCUGUGCACCGUCACUUUGACUCUGCUCCUCGUCACCACCCUCAUAGUCGUAAAGUUCCGGGGGGCUUGUUUCCUGUGUUAUAAGACCAUCCAGAAGUUGGUGUUCAAGGACAAGGUCCAGAGUUCGGAACCUAGUGGAUACAGAUAUGAUGCCUAUUUUUGCUUCAGUGGCAAAGACUUUGAAUGGGCACAGAACGCUUUGCUCAAACACCUGGAUGCUCAGUAUAGUUCCUGCAACAGACUCAGGCUGUGCUUUGAAGAAAGAGACUUCAUCCCAGGGGAAAACCACAUCUCCAACAUCCACGCAGCUGUCUGGGGCAGCAGAAAGACUGUGUGUCUAGUGAGCAGACAAUUCCUCAAGGAUGGCUGGUGCCUGGAAGCCUUCAGGUAUGCCCAGAGUCGGUGCCUGUCUGACCUCAAGAAUGUUCUCAUCGUGGUGGUGGUGGGGUCCCUGUCUCAGUAUCAGCUGAUGAAACAUGAGACUAUCAGAGGGUUUCUGCAAAAACGGCAGUACUUGAGGUGGCCCGAGGACCUCCAGGAUGUUGGCUGGUUUCUCAGUAAACUCUCUGGGCACAUACUCAAGGAAGAAAAGGGAGAGAAGAGAAGCAAUACCCUUCCGUUGCAAACUGUAACAACCAUUUCCUAGUGGAAGGAACCCUUUACAAGCACACAACUUUGUAUGCAUACACUAUUUGGGGAUCCUUCCCAGGGGUUGUUUUCUGACUAUGAGAGCAUCGGCAAUCUCUUAAUUUCCAUGUCAACAGGUGUUUUGUGUCACUGACUUCCAAAUGGAAAUUAACAGGUCCAGAAAACUGCAGUUGCUUCUGAAGGGGCCCACUCACCAUCAAUUUCCUUUCAGGCCCGAUGAUACUGUUUCCUCCCAUUCUAGUGCAUCCUGGAUGCAAUCGCAGCCUCCUAGGUGGUGAGGACACCUUGGAGCAGUGACAGGUGGCUUCACGCUCUCUGUGCUGUUCAGUUCAAGAGCAGGCUGCUGGAUAACCCUGAGUUCUUGACCCUGCAGAGCAUGGACAGAGGAGACGGGGCCUUGUCUGGCCAUAGAAACGAGGCCAGUGCUGAGGACUGCUGUCGUCGCUCUCCCUCAGUGAGAAGAAGUUGGAGGGCAGCGGUCCCAUUGCUGUGGCCACAGCACACUUCCUUCCUGUUGUGACCCCGCAGGUCCAGCGUUUGUGGGUCAUGGCCAUCUUCUGACUUGGACCUCUCGCCUGAUGCUCACACCCUUUCACGACUUAGCACCAGCCUGACCUUUGUGUUUUCUUCCCUACAACUAUACACCAGCUGUUGUGUCCGCCACACAAGUGUGAGAAGGAUGUGGACGUCACACACUGGUCUCGUACUGCUUCUGCGCUUUCUUAGCUGGGUAACUCGAGCAUUCUAUGUCAUGCCUGGGCCUCGGCUUUCUCUCCUGUAGGCCUAACAGUAUCUACCUCAUAAGUAUGCGGCAACCGCUCACUGGCCAAGAAUGUCAUGACUUCUCUGAUAGUUUUCCUAAUUGCCCUAGUGACCAGAGGAGAAGACUCACAUUCAAAGGCCCCUGGAGGCUGCAUUGAUUUUUUUUUUUUUUUGAGUUUGUAUUUUUUUAAUCCUAAAAAGGGAUUUUUGUGUACUCUGCCUUCUAAUCAUCUUUGUACAUUUAUUAAUGGAGCAGUUUUUCUGCAGAAAUGUUAAGGAACUUUAGACCAAAGAACUUGUGUCCCAAAUACUCUUGCCUGUCAUUCAAACUCCUUCACACUCAGUGUCCUGCGAGGCCAGCUGUGGGAGCGUGAAUGCACAGGGGGACUCGCCACCUAAAUGUCACUCUUGGAGCCUCACGGGGGCAGACACAUGCACCUCAGACUCUUUGCACUUCUUAGCCAUGUGUCUGAGCAUACCCUGCAGUCGGCAUUAUACUUGUCAUUAUACAAACAUACAUCCCACUCCACCUCUUCUUUCUGGAAUGUUCUCCCCAUAUCUUCCCAUCCAUUCUACACAUUCUUUGAAAUCCAGUCCAUAAAGACCCCGUGAAUCCUUCCAACGCCAAGUCCUCCGCCCUUUCUUCUCUGGACACUCUCGGUACGACAUCUGUUCUUUCUCGCCUAGGACUUACCCCUCGCUGCCCCUCUGGACCACAGACUCCAUGAGGAAAGUUUGCCCCGUGCUCCCAGCCCCACCCUCACUAGUCACAGCAUCGCAUACGGCUUAGGGACCACGUGGGAGUCUUCCGCCUGUCGCCUCCUGCCCUGGCUUCUUCCUCCACUAAUUCCCACCAGGGCCGUUUCCCUACAGUAGCAUGACUGCUUCUUCGUGGUGGCCUCGGAUUUCUGUCACUGAAAUGUAUGCCUGUGAUGUGUUUGGCGUGUGUGUGUGUGUGUGAGGAUACCCCAACUGGGAGCCCUGGUGGCCAGCCCUUUUCUGUUUACCUGUGUGUGCUGGGCCAAGGGUGGGACCUGGUCCACAGUAAGUUCUUAAUAAAUACCCAAGGGUCUGAUGACGCCCACUUUCUUAUGUGUCCGUAUAGUUGUCUUGUGCUCUUAGACCUCCAGGGAGGGGUAGGGCAGGGCUAGGCUGUGACAGUGACAUCUAGAGAGAAACGGAAGGCAGGUGAAGGUCGAAGAUGCCACAGGCUCCGGGAGGCACUGGGCUUCAUCUUGUGGUGUGGCACAUCUGGAACAGCCAAGAGUGGUGCUGGGACUGAGGAACGGGUGUGUGGGGGCAGGAACACAGCCCUGGGCUAAUCACAGAGAAUCCGCUCUUUUGGUCCCUGUUCUAAGGGGCACAGCAAAACCAGACCCCAGCCUUCCAGACAGUUACAGCCACAGCUCCUAAAGACGGAGGUAGAUGAGGCUGGGCUGGUUCGGUCUCACCACUCUGCUGUCUGUCAGCCUUGGCUGCAGGGACACACUACAGGGACAGCCAUGAUACUCAGCAGGUCUCGGCAGAGCCUCUCCCUGGAACGAGGCGGCAACGAGCAGCUAAAGAGGAGGAGAUGAGGAAAAGUGUAGACACGCGCAGCUCCGCAACUCUGCCUGCUUCUGAAUUACUCAGAAAAGUGUGGCUUUUCUCUUUUUCUUUCUACUCUCUCUAAUCUAAGCAUGCUUUCCCUGGCACUUUGGUCUUCCUUUUUUUUUUUUU